GGAGCCGUGCAACGUCCCGGCCCUUGUCUCCCCUUCCCUCCUCUCUUGCCCUCCCCGCCUCUGUCCUCUGCGCCCGCCCGCCUAUGAGAGACGAUGGCCACCGAGCCCGCCGCGAUCACCGAGCUCACCCCAGCCGACAAAAGGGAAGAGGAGGCUCCUGCUCCAUCCACAUCUGCAGACAAAGCCGAUAGUCUGGAUGUGGAUAGUGAAUCUAAGAAGCUGCUGGGCUUGGGGCAGAAACAUCUGGUGAUGGGUGACAUCCCAGCAGCUGUGAAUGCAUUCCAGGAAGCAGCUAGUCUCUUAAUGGAGAAUGGUGUGUUAGGAAAUGCCCUGGAUGGAGUCCCAGUGGAUGAAGAUGGAGAGAGAGCAGAAGAUCAGGCUAUGGUAGAGAGUACUGAUAACCCAGAGGAGGAAGCAAGGGGCGUGUUGAAAGAACAGGCCUCUGAUGCCACGAAGGAGCAAGAGGCAGCACAAAAAGGCAAGGCCGAGGCUGCGGCCACUCCUGCUGAGGGGGAAGCCCAGGAAAGUCCAGUGGAGGCUGGGAACGGAGGAGGCGAUGUUGAGAUGGAAGAGGUGGAGGAGGCACAGGUGGAAGCUGCCCCUGGAAGUCCUGAGAAGGCCCCAAGCACAGCCCAGGAGCCUGAGGCAGGAGCUGCUUCAGAGGAGCCACCAGCAGGGUCAGGAGCCCUGGCUGCCAGCCCCCCACAAGACGGAAAAGCAGAGGAAGAGGAGGAGACCAAAGCAGAAGCAGUAGUUGAGGAGAAACAGGGCGAGGUAGAUGCAAAAACAGAAGAAAAGCCCAGAGAUGCUUCUGAAGAGCAGCCAGCCCUGGCCUCAGGAGAGCCGGGAGCUGCCAUCAGGGUGGAAGGAAAGGCAACAGAAGCGGGAAGAGGAGAGGAGGCAGUGGCGGAGGCAGCCCCAGCCCCAGCAGCAACAUCCGAGGCUAUGAAGGGAGAGGAAGAAGCGGCCCCCGCUGAAGAGGAGCCAGCAGAGGGGUCAGCUGAGGCCCAGGAGGCAGCAACCCCCAUGGAAGCCCAGGCAGAGGUGCCAAUCGAGGAGAAGCCCGAGGAGCAGCCGGUGGCCACCCAUGCCGAGGGUCAAGGCAGCACACCCUCUGACCCUGGUGAGUCGGUCCCUGCAGAAGACCAGGCUACCCAGGAGCCAACAGACAUACAAGAGAACAGUGCUCCUGAGGCAGAGCCUCCAGCAGAGGUGGGGCCUGCCCACGAGGGGCCCACAGGCACCUCAGAAGACUCCAAGGCAGCUGGAGACGGGCCAGAGAAUGGCCCUGGGGACCAAGUGGCUCUAGGAGCACCCCCUGAAGAAAAAGAUGAGCUGAUGAAGGAGGAGGAGGAGGAGGAGGGAGAAGAAACUGAAGGUUCUGAAGAGGAGGAUAAGGAGAAUGAGAGAGAAGGUGAAGAGCAUGGGAGUGAUUCCAAGCUGGAAAACAAGGAAAAUGAAGAUGAGGACAUUGGAAACCUAGAGCUUGCUUGGGACAUGCUAGACUUGGCAAAGAUCAUCUUUAAGAGGCAGGAAACGAAAGAAGCCCAGCUGAAUGCGGCUCAAGCCCACCUGAAGCUGGGGGAAGUGAGCGUGGAAUCUGAAAAUUAUAGCCAGGCCAUAGAGGAAUUCCAGGCCUGCCUCGCCCUCCAGCAGAAUUACCUGGAGGCCCAUGACCGACUGCUGGCCGAGACCCAUUACCAGCUGGGCCUGGCCUAUUCUUACAACAGCCAGUAUGGGGAAGCUGUGUCUCAGUUUACCAAGUCUGUAGAUGUCAUUGAGAAAAGGCUGGCCAUGUUGAACGAGAGGAUAAAGGCAGCUGAGACGCCCUCUGCUGAGGAUGAGAAAGAGGUUGAGGAGUUGAAGGAGCUGCUCCCCGAGAUUAAAGAGAAGAUCGAAGAUGCCAAGGAGUCCCAGAGCAGUGGAAAUGUCUCUGAGCUGGCUCUGAAGGCCACUCUGGUUCAGGCUGCAUCUGGUUUCACAUCAAGCAGUGGGAACUCCUCGGCCUCAGGGAUCGUAGCCAGAAGAUCCACAGAUGGUGCUGCCACAACUUCCUCCAACUGUGUGACCGACAUAUCCCACUUGGUCAGAAAAAAGAGGAAACCAGAAGAAGAGAGUCCCCGGAAAGAAGCCGAGGCCAAGAAGCCCAAGCAGCAACCAGCUGUCAAUGGUGCGGGGGGGGGGGGGGGGGGGGGCGGUGGCGACGGAGGCGGGGACGCCGCCGAACCCCAGAGUGAGACGGCAGAAAACAUGGAGGCAGAGGCUGAGAACCCUACGCCACCUGAGGCGGAAGCUGCCACUGUACAAAGCACCGCAUGAACCACCCAGAGGGAGGCGGGAGGACCCUUCUUCUCUCCGAGGACUAUGCUUUUGUAUAUAAUGUAUUUUUUCAC